AUGGUAAGCUGCUCAUUUAAUUCUCAAAAUCAGACCCCUCGACGCGCGAAACGAAGACGCGAACCAUCUGCUGAUCCUGCAUCGUCGCCACCGAUACAGGCAACGCCCCAGCGUCGUCUUUCGCAGUCGUCUCUGCCCCCUUCCUCCCCACCUGCGCCAUUCUCAGACACCGACGAUAGUCUUGAUGAUAGGGAUGCCGUUAGAGACGUAGAAGAUGACGAGGGUGAUGAUGAUGAAGGAGAAGAUCUUUUCGCUGACAACCUCGAGGAAGAUUACGCUGCAAAUGAGCUCCUGGAUAAAUAUUCAGAUGCAGGCAUCGAUGACGACGAAGACCUUGAUGAGAUAUCUGCAGAGGCGCGCCGGAAAGCCGAGUUAGCGAUGGCGCAAAGAGACCGCAAGGAACGCGCUGGAAAGAAGGGAACACGCGCAGCGCAACGAAGCCGUGUCCCAGACUUCCUUCUAGAUGAUGAUAUGGAUGCCGAAGACGAGUCAGAGGAUGACCUUGGCGUGUCUAGAAUGAAGAGACGCACGCGACGAGUGUACGACGAGCGAAGGGACGCAGAUGAUAUGGAUGGUAUCGAGGAUGAACUACCUGUCGAGCAGCUGAGCGAUAUCAAAGCCAAAUCUAUUGUCGAAUGGAUCGCCAACGAACGUGUUAGACGGUCAAUCAUUCGCCAUUUCCGCCAUUUCCUCAUGACAUAUGUCGACGAAAGCGGUUCAUCGGUCUACGGCGCGCGCAUUCGUAACCUAGGAGAAACCAAUGCCGAAUCUCUUGAAGUUUCAUACCUCCAUCUGGCUAAUUCUAAGCCUAUCCUGGCCUACUUCCUCACUAAUUCACCCGCCUCCAUGCUCAAUAUCUUCGAUGAAGUUGCCCUUGUUGCCAUCCUCGUAUACUAUCCAGCCUAUGAACGCAUCCACUCCGAGGUGCAUGUCCGUAUCGCCGAUCUCCCAUUGAGCUCCUCUCUUCGCGACCUUCGUCGAUCAAAUCUGAGCAACCUUGUUCGCAUUUCUGGCGUUGUCACCCGUAGAAGCGGUGUAUUCCCACAACUCAAGUAUGUCAAAUUUGACUGUCGAAAAUGCGGAGCCGUCCUAGGGCCGUUUUACCAAGAUGCGACGACGGAGGUCAAGGUUAGCUACUGUGCAGCCUGCGAGAGCAAGGGACCAUUCCAGGUCAACUCCGAACAGGCAAGUACGGUAUACAGAAACUAUCAGCGUAUGACAUUACAAGAAUCCCCUGGAUCUGUACCAGCCGGUCGUCUUCCUCGUCAUCGUGAAAUUGUCCUUCUGUGGGAUCUCAUUGACAGCGCCAAACCAGGCGAGGAGAUCGAGGUCACCGGUAUCUACCGCAACAACUUCGAUGCAUCCCUCAAUUCCCGUAAUGGAUUCCCCGUCUUCUCCACUGUCAUCGAGGCCAACCACGUGAACAAAAAAGAAGAUCUCUUCGCCGCAUUCCGACUCACUGAAGAGGAUGAGCGUGCCAUGCGCGCCCUUGCUCGUGAUGAACGGAUCCGCAAGCGGAUCAUAAAGUCCAUUGCUCCCAGUAUAUAUGGACACGAAGACAUCAAGACAGCCAUUGCCCUCUCCCUUUUCGGGGGUGUAUCGAAAGAUAUCAACCACAAACUACGAAUUCGUGGUGACAUCAACGUUCUCCUACUCGGCGAUCCAGGUACUGCGAAAUCGCAAUUCCUCAAAUACGUGGAGAAAACAGCGCACCGGAGUGUGUUUGCAACAGGCCAGGGUGCAUCUGCUGUUGGUCUCACAGCGAGCGUACGCAAGGAUCCGGUAACCAGAGAAUGGACACUGGAGGGCGGGGCCUUGGUGUUGGCGGAUAAAGGAACAUGUCUUAUCGACGAGUUUGACAAAAUGAACGAUGCAGAUCGGACAUCCAUCCACGAGGCCAUGGAGCAGCAAUCUAUCUCCAUCGCGAAAGCAGGAAUAGUGACAACGUUGCAGGCGCGUUGCGCAAUCAUCGCUGCUGCCAACCCUAUACGCGGGCGAUAUAACCCGACGAUUCCAUUCCAGCAGAACGUAGAGCUGACAGAACCGAUUCUGUCUCGGUUCGAUGUUCUAUGUGUUGUGAAGGACAACGUUGACCCUGUUAUGGACGAGCUGCUGGCAAGGUUCGUGGUGGGGAGUCAUUUGAGGAGCCAUCCCAAAUUUGAGAAAGAGCUGGAUGAGAUGGAUGUGGGAACAACUCUGGACGAAGACAUCAUACCCCAGGACGUGCUCCGCAAGUACAUUAUGUACGCAAGAGAAAAGAUACGCCCGAAGUUGUUCGACGUGGACCAAGAGAAACUGUCUAAGCUGUUUGCGGACCUGCGUCGGGAGUCGAUGGCUACCGGUUCCUACCCAAUCACUGUUCGGCAUUUGGAGAGCAUGAUACGAAUGGCAGAGGCGAGCGCAAAGAUGGCUCUCCGAGAGUACGUUAGGGCGGACGACAUUGAUUUAGCCAUCGAGGUCGCUGUGAAUAGCUUUGUUAGUGCGCAGAAGAUGAGCAUUAAGAAGACUUUGCAGAGAGGCUUUAGAAAAUACCUUACCCAGUCGCGAGAUCAUGAAGAGCUCUUGGCUUUCUUGUUGGGUCAACUUGUGAAGGACAAGGUGCGGUUCCUCCAGUCAUUGCGCCACCAGCAGCCAGAGGUCGUCACUGUCAAGCUCACGGACUUGGAAGAACGGGCCAAGGAGCACGACAUCUUCGAUAUCACUCCUUUCUUGCGGUCAAAAUUGUUCUCUACGAAUGGAUAUAAGAUGGUCAAGGAGAAGUGA